UUUUCUUUUGUUCUCUUGGAAGGUCAAGAAAGAGUUCCAUUCAAAUAGUUAAUCAUGAUUCUAGGCAAGAUUGUGGAUACUAUCACUGGAAAAGAUAACGGGAAAAAGGUGAAAGGAACAGUGAUAUUGAUGAAGAAGAAUGUUUUGGACUUCAAUGACAUAGGUGCCUCUGUUGUUGAUGGAGUUGUUGAGUUCCUUGGCCAGAAGGUCUCUCUCCAGUUGAUUAGUUCUGUUCAUGCUGAUCCUGCAAAUGGCUUACAAGGGAAACACAGCAAUCCAGCAUACUUAGAAAACUGGCUUACACACAUCACUCCAUUAGCAGCAGGUGAAUCAGCUUUUAGUGUCACAUUUGACUGGGAUUAUGACGAGUUUGGUGUUCCAGGAGCUUGCAUUAUCAAGAACUUACAUCUUAGUGAGUUCUUCCUCAAGUCACUCACCCUUGAAGAUGUUCCUAGUCAUGGGAAAAUUCAUUUUGUCUGCAAUUCUUGGGUUUAUCCUGCUUUUAGAUACAAGACAGACCGCAUUUUCUUCGUGAAUCAGGCUUAUCUCCCAAGUGAAACACCAGAACCGUUGCGACAGCACAGAGAAAAUGAACUAGUAACCUUAAGAGGAGAUGGGACCGGAAAGCUUGAGGAAUGGGACAGGAUUUAUGACUAUGCUUAUUACAAUGACUUAGGCGAUCCAAACAGAGGCGAAGAGUUUGCUAGGCCUGUCCUAGGAGGGUCCUCUGAAUACCCGUAUCCUCGUAGAGGCAGGACAGGUCGUGAACCAACCAAAACAGAUCCUUAUUCCGAGAGCAGGAUUCCAUUGCUUAUGAGCUUAGACAUAUAUGUGCCAAGGGACGAGCGAUUUGGACAUGUGAAGAUGUCAGACUUCUUGACAUUUACAUUAAAAUCCAUUAUUCAGAUGCUUCUCCCUGGGUUUAAGUCUCUGUUUGAUGGCACACCUAAUGAGUUUGAUAGAUUUGAAGACGUACUUAAACUCUAUGAAGGAGGAAUCAAAUUGCCUCAAGGCCCUUUGCUUAAAGCCAUUACUGAUGGCAUUCCUUUCGAGAUACUAAAAGAUAUCCUUCAAACUGAUGGUCAAGGCCUACUUAAGUACCCAACUCCUCAGCUUAUUCAAGAGGAUAAAACUGCAUGGAGGACGGAUGAAGAAUUUGCGAGAGAAAUGCUGGCGGGAGUCAAUCCUGUCAUAAUCAGUAGACUCCAAGAAUUUCCUCCGAAAAGCAAGCUGGAUCCUAACAUAUAUGGCAACCAAAACAGUACAAUUACCAGAGAGCUGAUAGAGGAUAAGUUGGAUGGACUAACAGUUGAUGAGGCAAUCAAGACUAACAGGAUAUACAUAUUGAACUACCAUGACACAAUCAUGCCAUAUUUGAGGAGAAUAAACACAUCGACAAACACAAAAACCUAUGCCUCAAGAACUUUGCUCUUUCUGCAAGAUAAUGGAACGUUGAAGCCACUAGCAAUUGAACUAAGCUUGCCACAUCCAGAUGGAGAUCAAUUUGGUGCUGUUAGCAAAGUAUAUACACCAGCUGAUCAAGGAGUUGAAGGUUCUAUCUGGCAGUUGGCCAAAGCCUAUGUAACAGUGAUUGAUUCGGGCAUUCAUCAGCUCGUCUGUCAUUGGUUGAAUACACACACAGUGAUCGAGCCAUUUGUGAUUGCAACAAAUAGGCAACUAAGUGUGCUUCACCCCAUCCAUAAACUUCUUUAUCCUCAUUUUCGUGACACAAUGAACAUAAAUGCUUUAGCAAGACAAAUGUUGGUCAAUUGUGGUGGUUUUGUUGAGACACUUGUUUUUCCUGCCAAAUAUUCCAUGGAAAUGUCAGCAGUAGUAUACAAAGAUUGGGUUUUCCCUGAACAAUCACUUCCUGCUGAUCUCAUCAAAAGGGGAGUUGCUGUUGAGGACUCGAGCUCCCCACAUGGCAUUCGCUUACUGAUUCAGGACUAUCCAUAUGCUGUUGAUGGGUUGAAAAUCUGGUCAGCAAUCAAAAAUUGGGUAAGUGAAUAUUGCAACUUCUAUUAUAAAUCAGAUGAAUCGGUACAGAAAGACAUUGAACUCCAAGCUUGGUGGAAAGAAAUCCGCGAACAAGGACAUGGUGACAAGAAAGAUGAGCCCUGGUGGCCUAACAUGCAAAAUUUGCAAGAGCUCAUAGAUUCUUGCACCACCACAAUAUGGAUAGCUUCAGCACUUCAUGCAGCAGUUAAUUUUGGGCAAUACCCUUAUGGUGGUUACCUCGUUAAUCGCCCUACAUUAAGCCGAAAUUUCAUGCCAGAACCAGGAAGUGCUGAGCAUGAAGAGCUUAAGACAAAUCCAGACAAGGUGUAUCUCAAAACAAUCGUUUCUCAGUGGCAGACACUGCUUGAAAUUUCUGUCUUAGAGGUAUUGUCAAGGCAUGCUUCGGAUGAGGUUUACUUGGGACAGAGGGACUCACCUGAAUGGACAAAGGAUCAAGAACCACUUUCAGCUUUUGAGAGGUUUGGAAAUAAGCUAAGUGAUAUUGAGAAUCAAAUUAUGCAGAUGAAUGGUGAUGGGAAAUGGAAGAACAGGUCAGGGCCUGUUAAUGUUCCAUAUACUUUGCUCUUCCCCACAAGUGAUGAGGGACUCACAGGCAAAGGAAUUCCUAACAGUAUAUCAAUAUAGAACUUUAAUUCAACUUAAAAGUAUUUCUAAAUUCGUUUGUUGUGACUGUUUUUUUUUAUAUUCCCAAUAAUAUCACCAAAUAAAAUCUCUGUUUUAAGGAAGUUCCAGUUACAUAUAUUAAUAAAGGAUGUAAUGUUGUAAGCUCUUC